AUGUCCCACUCAGAUAUCAGGUGCUGCCACAACCGUCCCGUUCAAAUGUUACCCCAUCCCUGCUUCACACUCGAGCAGUUCAUCGAGGCCAUUCGGUUGGUUCAGAGUGGACAGAUUCCCCCAUUCUCUCCCCAACCAUAUGGUUGGCCUUAUCGACCGGAAGGUGAAGACUGCGCACUUCAUGCGCAACACGACCCUCACCAGGGCGCAAUAGACAGCGACAGCCACGCAAAUGUUGUCGAGGACGACACUGAUGUCUCUGACGUCUGGAUCGGCCCUGCGGACAAUGUCGAUGAAGAUAUUUUGCCCGGUUCCGAGCUUGACUUUCCCUCCAGUGAUGGGGAAGAAUCUCAGCGAGAGCGUCGGAUGGUUGAUGUCAAUUCCAGUGUUGAAACACUUGUCAAUAUUGACAUCGACCCUGCUAGUCGUUUCAAAUGGUUUGUAAGUACGGGCGAUCAUGGAAUGGGAUUGUUCAAUGACAUCUAUACUGCCCGCAAACUUCGUGCUGCCGGCACAACAGUAUAUUACUUUAGAACACUCUCUGAAGCGAAGGAGCAUUUUCAGACCGCGUUUAAUGCAUGGUGCAGUGAGGCAGUGUGA